CUUGGUGGAUAACUGGAGAUGUUCCAUGCCGGAGCUGUGCCCUGGCACCUUGCUGGGCUGGACCCUCUAGCUGGUGCCAGCAGGAGCCCUUGAGAGAGGGCUGUGCCCAGGGCAUCGGGACUGCUUGGUCCCUGGCAUCACUUCCAGGAAGGUGGCACGUGUCUUGUGGCUAUUUCUGCCCACUGGAGUGUCGCAGGCAGGCGAAGGAAGCGAAACCACAGGGACCCCAGAGAAGUGCAGAUGGACGCGGGCUGGCGGGCUGCCCUGACUUGGCUUCCCUAGACCCCCCCGGGAUGGCGCCGCGGCGGGGCUGAGCGGGCCGGGAUGGGGAUGGACGGCCCGAGCGGGGGCUGCCCGCCCCCCGCCACCGCCGCCCCGUCGCGGGCGAAGCUGCCGCUCGGCAUCGUCUUCUCGACGGCGCUGUUCUGCGGGGAGGGAGCGGCGGCCGCCGUCCUCUCUUUCUCCUACGACCACUCCGACGACCGCUUCUGGCUGGCGCUCACCGUCUUCUUCGUGCUCUGCCCGUCCGUCCUGGUGCAGCUCACUCUCAUCUUCGUGCACCGCGACCUCAGCCGCGACCGCCCCCUCGUCCUGCUCAUGCACCUGCUCCAGCUCGGGCCCGUCAUCAGGUGCAUGGAGGCCCUGGUGGUUUGCUGCUGGUCGGGGAGGGAGGAGGAGCCCUAUGUCACCAUCACCCGCAAGCGGCAGCUGCGGAAUGGCUACGAGGUGGAGAUGGAGCAGGAGGUGGGCCACUCGGAGCGCCGGCUGGCCACCCACCGCAACGCCUUCAAGCGCAUGGCGGUCAUCCAGGCGUUCCUGGGCUCCACCCCACAGCUCACCCUCCAGCUCUACAUCAGUGUCCUGGAGAAGUACAUCCCCACAGCCCGAGCCAUUCUCAUGGCCAUCUCCCUGAUGUCAGUGACCUACGGGGCACUUGUCUGCAACAUCCUGGCCAUCCAGGUCAAGUACGAUGACUACAAGGUCCAGCUGCGGCCGCUGGCCUUCCUCUGCAUGGUGCUGUGGCGCAGCCUGGAGAUCUCUACCCGUGUGGCCGUCCUUGUGCUCUUCAGCACUGUCUUCAAGCACUGGAUCAUCCUCGUCGCUCUGACUAACCUACUGGUGGUCUUCUUCUUGCCCUGGGUGCAGUUCUGGCGGAGCGGCACCCGCCUGCCUGACAACAUCGAGAAGAACUUCAGCCGGGUGGGCACAGUGGUGGUGCUCUGUGCCUUCACCCUCCUCUUUGCCAGCAUCAACAUGUUCUGCUGGUCGGCCGUGCAGCUCAAUCUGACUGACCGGGAUCUCAUCGAAAAGUCACAGAACUGGGGUCUCCUGGCCGUGUACUAUGUGGUCCGGCUGGUGGAGAACAUCGUCCUCAUCAUCCUGUGGUACUUCUUUAAGACAGAUUUCUAUGAGCACAUCUGUACUCCACUGCUGGUGGUGCAGCUGCUCCUUGGCUACUGCCUGGGCAUCUACUUUAUGCUCCUCUUCUUCCAGUACCUGCACCCCUGCCGCCAGCUCUUCCACCACAACGUCGCCGACAUCCUGCACUGUGUCUGCUGCCGCCGGCACCUGCCAGGGACCCCUCUGCACCUCCAGGCACCCCACGAGCCGGGCGUGAGGCACAGCAUUGUCUGAGGGACAGCCAGCACCUGGCUUCUCCAUCCAGCUAUGGACACAGGGAUGGACAGUGCUGGGCUGUGCCAGAGCUGGAGGGGGCUCGUGGCACAAGCCGUACCAGAGGCAGGCACUGCCUGGCUCGGUGGUGGCAGCAGGUCCAGUGGUGUCCCCACAGUGGCAUGGGGACAGGAGCUUGCCUGCCUGCCGGGGACCAUGCACAUGGACACAAAGGACUUAGGGGGUGCCCAAACUGCCUGCCGUGGUGGGGCACAGCCCCUGGGGUGUCUCCACACCCCUGCUGUGGUGCAUACGGUGUCCCUGGGGCCACAAGACCCAGCAGGACUGUUUUAAGCAGUAAAGAAACUUUGCUGUGGCUGCG